AGUUCACGGCACUUGUCAACAAAAGGGUGUGUGUCACUGUCACUGAAAAAUUUUAUUAUUAUUUUUUUAUUUUCCUUUUCCUAAAUUUCAAUAAAUUUCUACCACAUUUUUGGUAAUAGCGAUUUAUUAUUACUAGUACAAUAUGUAACAGUAUGUCCAUCACUUCUCCGUCAUUCUUAGAAUUCACUUUUCACUUUAUUAGUCAUACUAUUAGAAAAUAGAAAUCCCUUGUGUUUUAAGUGUAAAAGCUUUAAAAUGAGUUUUGUUAGUUUAUUUAAAAAGCGUAAGCCUAGGGACGAGGCUGCACUACCUACAGCCGCUAUAAUAGGUGCCCCAACGAACGUCAAUCAUGACAUCCAUGUCAGUGUCACCAAAGACGGAGUGCUCGAGGGUCUGCCCAGUUGUUGGAUACGUCAAAUCGGUACCCAAAUCACCAAAGAUGAACAAAAUCAGAACCCGGAGGUGGUCAAGAAAGUAUUGCAGUAUUACAAUUUCUCUGUUAAGAAACAGCAACAGGGAGGCCAAGCUAAGGACAUUAAACACAUCUUUACCGAGAGGGAUAUUGCAGAGGAGAGUAUAGAGAUGGAUUUAUAUAUGAAGUCAAGAGACGCACACAAGAGCAAAGAUUCCGACGAGGUUAUUAGCAGCGACGAUUGUAGUAAUGGAAAUAAUUUGUAUGAACAAAGUAGGUCAACGUAUACAGUUGCGUCAAAGGAACCUGUAGAACCCGAACCCAAUCUGUUACAAACCAAAAAUUUAACCCAAUUUAUGGAAGAUCUUACUAUUGAAGCUGAUGAAAUUGAAUAUAGGAAACCCAGUUUAAAUGACGACGAUAUUUAUCGGAGAAGAUCUGCAAUGAGUGACGCACAUUACAUGAAAGAAAUCAUGAAAAUUUGCAAUCCAGGUGACCCGCUGGAUUUCUAUGAGAAGACGCAACGGGACUUGGGUUCUGGAGCUUCUGGAUUGGUUUUUGCUGCCACAAAUAAAAAAACUAAAGAACUAGUCGCUAUUAAGGAUAUAGACAUGACAAAACAAGCGAAAAAAGAUUUGCUGCUAAGCGAAAUUAAAAUUAUGAAAAAUUUCCAGCAUAAGAACCUGGUGAACUUUUUGGAUGCUUUUGUCGUUAAUUAUGACCAUUUGUGGGUCGUUAUGGAGCUGUUGGACGGUGGCCCAUUGACGGAUGUCGUUACAGAAACAGUUAUGAAGGAGGGGCAAAUCGCAGCUGUAUGCCAUGAGGUAUUGCAAGCAGUAAACUAUCUGCAUAACAGAGGAACUAUACACAGAGACAUCAAAUCCGACAAUGUACUCUUAGGUAUGGAUGGUACUGUUAAAGUAACAGAUUUUGGAUUUUGUGCCAAUGUGAUUGGAAAUGAGCAAAGAGAUACAAUGGUGGGUACCCCAUACUGGAUGGCUCCAGAAGUAGUCACAAGGCAAAAAUAUGGAAAGAAGGUGGAUAUUUGGAGUUUGGGCAUCAUGAUUGUUGAGAUGCUCGAUGGAGAGCCUCCUUAUUUGAAAGAACCACCUCUUAGGGCUCUAUAUUUGAUAACUGCCAAUGGUAGACCAAAAAUAGGCGCGUGGGAUACUUGCUCGCCAAAAUUGAGAGAUUUUAUUGAUCAAUGUUUGCAAGUAGACGUUGACAGUAGGGCUACUGCGGACGAACUGCUACAGCACGAAUUUUUAGAGUGUCGAAUGGAACUCCGAAGUUUGACUCCUCUUAUAAGGGCCGCCAAGAAAAUGUUGCAUAAAACAUGAGGACAUUACUUUAUUAAUUUAUAGCUAACGGGAGGCUGUAUUUUGAAUAAACAAUAAAAUUAGGUGAAAAAAGAGAUUAAAUAAAAAAUUACAACUUCCUGUACUAUUACAUUAAAUCUAAAUGAAAAUUAUGGUGUUUGCCGUCCCAUAUUAUUGUAUCAGCUUAGUUAAUGUGGAACCUACUUUUUAUGUGCCUUAACGAUUUUUCUUCAUGUACAUUUGGUCACAGUUUUAUGUCUAUGGCAGAAAAAUUAUAAUUGAAAUAUCUUGCAGCCUGUACAAUAUUUUAUUGCAAUAGAUGCAAAUAAUCUUUGUUAUUCAAGUAAAAUAUGGCCAGUAAAUCCUAUUUGAAAUAAAUUUGUGGCCAAAUGUGUAUAUUUUGUAUUAGGUCCAAACGUGUUUGCAUUUAUUAAGAAGACUGACAUUUGACCCCAUGUAUUUUUUUGAAGAUAUUUACCAAAUUUCGUUUCUUGUUAAAAGUUAAGAUGUAACGAUGUUGCAAUAUGUUAUGACGUAGGUAUUUUGAAUAGUGUUCUUAUUUGAUGUAUUUUUUUACUUAGAGUUUGUCAGAAAUUUCUAUUAUUCGUGUUUUUCACGAUUUAUCGUUCUUAUUUUAUCAUUACUUUUAUAUAAUGUAAAUGUGUUUAGGUUGUAUAGAGAACUACUUCCUUCGAACGUAGCGAUUAUUGGUUUUAUAUAAGAUUUACAAACAAAAAGUGUUUAUAAUAAAAUGUUAUCAAGUGCCA